AUGGUAAACUUCCCAUCUUUUGUAAACGGAUUGGCAAGAACUAUGUCAAUCAAGAAAGACAAGAGUUUUCCAAAGGAUGAUGCAAGGAAAGUAGUGGAAGAAUUGGCAAAAGAAGCAAGGAAGAAUGAAUUGUUAUUGACUUCUUCUGGAGUUGUUAAGUCCAACAAAGACAAUACUUUAGUUUCUGUUUUUACACAUAGAGGCCAAAAAGGAGUCAACCAAGAUCGUCUUGUUGUUUGGGAGGAAUUUGGUUGCCAACAAGAUAUGAUGCUUUGUGGAGUUUUUGAUGGACAUGGUCCUUGGGGACACUUUGUAGCUAAAAGGGUGAGGAAAUUAGUUCCAUCCCUUUUGCUAUGCAAUUGGCAACAAAAUCUCGCUGCAACAUCAAUUGACCUAGAUUUUAAGGUUCAAGAAAACAAAAACAUUCAUGGAUUGAACUUAUGGGAACAAUCCUACUUCAAGACUUUUGCUGCGGUUGACCAAGAUCUGAAGCAGCAUACUGGAAUUGAUUCAUUUCGAAGCGGCGCUACAGCUUUGACAAUGAUCAAACAGGGUGAAAACCUUAUUAUAGCAAAUUUGGGUGAUUCAAGACUUGUAUUAGCAACCACUUCAGAAGAUGGCACAUUACUUGCACUUCAGCUUACCACUGACUUCAAACCAAAUUUACCAAAGGAGGCGGAGAGGAUAGAAGAAUCAAAAGGGGUUGUAUUUUGUAUGAAAGAUGAACCAGGGGUGUACAGAGUUUGGAUGCCAAAUGGUAAAACACCAGGAUUAGCAAUAUCAAGAGCAUUUGGUGACUAUUGUAUGAAAGAGUAUGGUUUAAUCUCUGUGCCAGAAGUGACACAUAGAAAAGUUACCAUUAGGGAUCAGUUUAUCAUCUUAGCAACAGAUGGGGUUUGGGAUGUUGUAUCGAACGAAGAGGCAGUGAAGAUUGUUUGUGCAACACCAGAUAAAGAAAAAGCAGGUGAAAGGGUUGUGAAAUAUGCAAUACGUGAAUGGAAAAGAAAGAGAAGUGGUAUUGCCAUGGAUGAUAUGUCUGUAAUUUGUCUCUUUUUUAAUCACUCUUACCCCUCUAAACUUGUAGAUUGA